GAGACGGAGUUGUUAUUUUGUAGAAAGCCAGGAGCCUGGGUAGGCGAGUCUGCCAACUAGCUGGCUAGUUAGCUAGCUAGCCAGAAUACAUUUUUAAUAUUGCACUUUAUUGAGUUUUUGUCCCCUGGCUUUCUAUCGCAUUUAUCCAAAUGUAUGGCCUUGGUCUGGACAGGGUAGUUGUAAGGAGUUUUAAGUAGUCUAACCUAUAAUGGAUCCUCGGGUGGCAGAGCUCUUUGGUGCCAGUUCCGGAUUGAAAUCGGCUUCUCAGGGACUGUGCUCCGGUUCUGGUAAUGGGUUUGGAAUCGUCUCCAAGAAAGCAUGUUCGAAAAACGGCAAAAAAGUCAAGAAUCGAUCAACCAGAAACACAAAACCCAACAACAACCCACCAUACCUACCUCCGGAGGUCGAAGAAGGAAACAUAGAGUACAAGCUGAAGCUGGUGAGCCCCACGCAGCACCGUUUCGAGCACCUGGCCACGCAGAUGAAGUGGAGGCUGCAGGAGGGGCGGGGCGAGGCCGUCUAUCAGAUCGGCGUCGAGGACAACGGCCUGCUGGUGGGCCUAUCAGAGGAGGACAUGCGGGCGUCGCUCAGGACACUGCGUAGGAUGGCAGAGAAGGUCGGAGCUGACAUCACCGUUCUCACAGAGCGAGAGGUGGACUACGACUCGGAGGUCCCGCGGAAAAUAGCCGAAGUUCUCGUGCGGAAGGUACCGGAUGAUCAGCAGUUCCUGGACCUGCGGGUGGCGGUGCUAGGGAACGUGGACUCGGGGAAGUCCACCCUGCUGGGGGUUCUGACCCAGGGGGAGCUGGAUAACGGGCGCGGCCGGGCCCGGCUCAACCUCUUCAGACACCUCCACGAGAUCCAGACCGGCCGCACCUCCAGCAUCAGCUUCGAGAUCCUGGGCUUCAACAGCAAGGGAGAGGUGGUGAACUACAGCGAGUCUCGCACGGCCGAGGAGAUCUGCGAGAGCGCGUCCAAAAUGAUCACCUUCAUCGACCUGGCCGGUCACCACAAGUACCUGAAGACCACCAUCUUCGGCCUGACCAGCUACUGCCCCGACUUCGCCAUGCUGGUGGUGGGAGCCAACACGGGCAUCGCGGGGACCACGCGGGAGCACCUGGGCUUGGCGAUGGCGCUGAAGGUGCCCAUCUUCAUCGUGGUGAGUAAGGUGGACCUGUGCCCGCGGGGGGCAGUGGAGCGGACCGUCCGCCAGCUGGAGAGGAUCCUCAAACAGCCCGGCUGCAACAAGCUGCCCCUGCAGGUGUCCAACCAGGACGACGCGGUCACUGCUGCCCAGCAGUUCGCCCAGUCGCCCAGCAUCACACCCAUCUUCACCCUGUCCAGCGUGUCGGGGGAGAGUCUGGAUCUGCUCAAGGUCUUCCUCAACAUCCUGCCCCCCCUCAGCAACAGCAAGGAGCAGGAGGAGCUGAUGCAGCAGCUCACUGAGUUUCAGGUGGAUGAGAUCUACACAGUGCCAGAUGUGGGGACAGUGGUAGGAGGGACUCUGUACAGUGGGAUCUGCCGGGAGGGGGACCGGCUGGUGGUGGGCCCCACAGACGAGGGCCGGUUCAUGGGGUUAAAGGUCAGCAGCAUGCAGAGGAACCGCUCAGCCUGCAGGGUGCUGAGAGCAGGGCAGGCCGCUACGCUAGCGCUGGGCAACUUCAACCGCUCCCUGCUACGCAAGGGCAUGGUGAUGGUGAGCCCGGAGAUGAACCCCACGAUCUGUUGGCUGUUCGAGGCGGAGAUCGUGCUGCUGUUCCAUGCCAGAACCUUCCGGAAGGGCUUCCAGGUGACGGUGCACGUGGGAAACGUGCGGCAGACCGCCACAGUGGAGCGACUGCACGGGAAGGACGAGCUGCGGACGGGCGAGAAGGCGGUGGUGCGCUUCCGCUUCAUCAAACACCCCGAGUACCUGAAGCUGGGGGCCAAGCUGCUGUUCAGAGAGGGCGUGACCAAGGGCAUCGGCCACGUCACGCUCCUGCACCCCGCCGCCCUCCACACGCACCCCGCCGCCCUCCACACGCACCCCGCCGCCCUCCACACGCACCACUCCUGAUAUCCCAGCAUCCUCUGCAUCGCGCCUUCCUACAAAGGCCUUUUUUUUUCUUUUUCUUUUGCUUCGUCCCUUUUCUCCUCCCCCGCUUCCAAAGACUCAUCUCACGUUCUCUCUGUGGGCUUCCUGCACUGUUAACUGGGCGGGGUCAGGCUCCCGGCGUGGCCGUGGUUGGUGGGGCGGAGCUCCAGGUGAUUGGCAGGUCAGUAGCAGGAGAAAGUUCCAGGCCCUGGGUCUGGAGGGGCACGGUGUGAACCUCUGAACUGCUGCUUCAGAGUUCACAGGUCACCGGGCUGCUCUUCAAGAGACGUGUCUUUAUCGCUGUUCUGGGUGCAGUGAGGGAGAGGAUCUCCGCUCCUGAAACCAGUUAACACUGCUCCUGAAACCAGUUUACACCGCUCCUGAAACCAGUUUACACUGGGAUCUGGAGCUCCGGCGCACAAGCGGUCCGCAAGCGUUUCACUGCUUUCCUGUCGCUCACUGAACUGCUUCAGACUAGAGCUUCGGCCGAGCCCAGCAGUCUGUUUGCAGUACCGUGAGCGAGCUGUAGAGGGCGUUUCCACAGCAGCCACCAGGACUGCUCUGAGCACAAGCCCCUCCCCAUGACCCAGACCUGGACAUUCCUCUGAGGCCAAAGGGCAUGUAGAGGUCAAAGGCCAUUCCCUUGCUAACAUCAGGGGAGUUUCUUACACUGGUGCUACUGAAGGUACUGCUCCCAGCCGUGCUCCCUUUCUGUGUGGGUGUGGUCUCCCCAAAAGCCUGUAGCAGCAAGACCCCCCCAUGCCUUUCACAUUGACCUGGAGAACCAGCGUGCGCCAUUCUGCCUACAGUCCCGAUUUCAGGUGCUUCAGUCUCUUGGGAUAGUUGUAGAUCUGAGAGCAUUCCAGUUUCAUGCAGUGCUGCCUGUUUAGUUCCCUCACACCUCUGAGACCCACAGGGUCAGAAAAGUGCUGCUGACUCACCAAGCACUGAACAUCAUGUCCCACAGUGCCCUGAGAGGGUCGUGCUUCGUACGUGAGGACAUAGGGCCCGGUGUCGACUAAUGCGGCUCAGUUUCUCAGCUUUACAUCUACAGUUUUAUCACUUUAUAGUUACAAUGGGGUCAAACUCAGUGCCUACAAAAGAGGGACUACUGUUGUUUCUUCUUAUUGAACCCCAUGAUUUUAGUACACUUUUAAACAUUUGAUUUGGUGCUACUCUGAACCGUGCCCUGAUGCUGAAAGGGGCGGGUCAGCUGGUUACUGAGCGUUCAGGACUGUGCCCCUCGAUGCAUGGCGCACGUGGGAACGGGGAGAGUGUGUUCCCUUGGAAAAAUAGAUGCAGCAAAAACUCCCUGUGCGGAGGCAUUAAACAUGUAUGGUGUGUUCACUGUGUUUCCCUGUAUUCUUAUGUGGUUCUUGUGCAAUCAUAGUCCGAAAGAAAAAAAAAAAAAAAAAAAGAAUGUAUACAAACCAAAACAUUUUAUAAAGUUAAUCACAUUUUUUCAAAUAUAACCAAAUGCUUUUCAUUCUUACGUGUUAGUGCGUUUCUUCUUACAUUUAUACGUCGUUACGUUGUUCCCCGGUUUGGAACGCGACGGCACAGAUGUUAUUUUUCUCCAAUGCAGGAAAAAACGUUUUCUCUUUCUUGAAAUCUAAUAUUUUAAUCUUGCUUUGGAGUGAAGUAUCAGAGAUUUAUGUACAAAUCCAGUUUGUAUAUUAAGUUGUACAUUAAUAAAAAUGUUUUAUUAUUGA